AUGUUUGGUGUCAACUCCGCUCUCUGCUCACCUCCUCCCAAGCUGAAACCUUGCGAAGAAAAAAGCCUCACUUUUCAGAAAAACGAAGACAAACAUCACCCUCAUCUCUCCAACCUCCAACAGCAACUUGAAACCAAGCUUCACAGAACUACGUCUGCUAUGAUGAGCCGUGACGAAGAAGAAAGGAUGGAGUCUCCAUCAGCUGUGGUGGCAGUCGUCGCCUCGAGUGAUGAUGAUACCGAUGUCGACAUUGAAAUGGGUUCAUUGCCGAUUAUUGAGCUUCCCGAAUCCUUGAAGUCUCUUUCGUCUCCUUCGGUGUGUGAUGAGAGCAGUGUAGAUGGUAGUGGUGCUAGUAUUAGGAAUGCCUUGGCUGUUGUUCAGCCUCCCCCAGGCGACGAUGGCAUGAUUAACCCGGUAGAUCUUGAAUCUACACUGAUUGCCAACCUUGUGACGACACCAGACCACCAUAGUCAUCGAAAGCCAGCAACAGGCUCUGUUCAUGAUCCACAACCAAGUAUUACCGUUAGCAGUGAAUCGAGUCAAACUGAUCUCCCUCUCAGUCAGCGAAGGGCCGAGUUCAUUAGUGCUACAAUAUCUAAACCAAGCAAGAACACGCCCAUUGGCUUGGAACUGAUCGACAAAGACGAUAAUGUCAUUAUCUCGGCCAUAUCACCCGGAUCAUUGACCAGCCAUACUCCAUUUCACGUUGGAGACCGACUGUUGUCAGUCAACACGAAACGCUGUUAUAUUUUAGAAUCAAAGGAUAUUACUAAGCAUUUGGAUUCUCUGGAGGGGUCGAUCACCAUAGUUGUGCACAACCAAGAGGGCGAUCCCAAUCUGGUGGAGAGCAUGAUCACGAAACCUGUGGAUGAGAGUCGGUGCGGUCUGGGAUUGGUCUCAGCUGGUCAAAGAAGGUUAAGGGUCUCCCAGAUUGACGCAGACGGGUUGUUUUUUGAUUCCCUGCUCAAUGUGGGUGAUCCCAUUCUGUCCAUCAAUGGAGAAAAUUGCGAAUUCUGUGAUGCCGCAGACGCGGGCGAGAUGAUUGCGAGAGCAGGUCGAAUUAUUACCAUCAAGGCAAAAACGUUGUUGGAGACAGGGGUGGUGGUUGCCGCCUUCUCCGUCAACAACUCUAUUGGGAGUACAAUUCCUCCUCAAGUUAUCAAUGCCAUGAACAGGGCCCAAGCCAACGAACCAUCCAUGAAUCAGGUGAUGGGAUUGUUCCUUUCCGUCAUACUUAUGAUUGGUGUGGUAUUGAUCAUGGGAUUGUUCAAGUGA